AUGGCGCCUGCGCCUUCAUCUUCUAGCCAUUGGGCUACCAUGGGGUGUUCUUCAGUUGAGGAGGUCUUCACUGGUGUGCCGGCUGCGCAAGAGAGUCAGGUGUUUCCAAUCCCUGAGGGUGAGGCAUAUAGCAAUGGACAGCUCACCAAUUUCACGCCGUUCAAUGGACCGCUGGAAUCCACAGCUCCUGAUGUUGCAGCAGGGGAUGUGUUUCCCAAUCUGCUCACAUCUGGCGAAAGGUGUGUGCCAAUGUAUCUGGAGUCAACAGAGCGACAUGCAAUGGUAAAGUCAUCUUAUGGGGCGACUGAUGGGAAACUGAACGCAUGGCCCAUUCCUCCACAUGAUGAUGGUGCAGCAGAGCCAUCUGAGGGGAAGGGCACCGCCGAUGGCUGCAGCACUGAUGGUUCUGUUGAUGAGGGGCCCCAAGUGGCUGCAUUCAAUGCAACUGAGUUUUUCCUGGAAGAUGACAUCAGAGGAGCGGCAGAGGCUGCACUGGAAGUUUUGGAUUCUCUGGUUGACACAAAUGCUUCAGAAGCCCUCAACCAGCUCUCUGUUGACCUGUCUGAGCGGUUGGGGGAAGUGUUACCAGCAUGCGUAUAUAGAGGUCCAGGUUCUGCACUACAGGAUGUGAGGCAAGGUGAAGAUUCUGCAGCCCAACGUUAUCUGAAGAAGACUCUAAGCAUGCCUGCAAGCACUGCUGUGCGGACAGCACCCCUGUCUGAGCUGGUGACAAAGACUCCACAGGCAGUGGAGGCUUCAAAUGACUGCACGCACUGCGAUGCCGACUUGGACCCUGUCAAGGGAGUGCAUGCUUUCAAGCGUGUGCAAUCGCUCAUGGAUAUACGCCGCUCUGGCGAAUCCCCCAUGCCUCAGGAGGAUGACAACCUGCUGCCCACGUCAACAUCCGAUCCACUCGAAGACCACGUGGUUCCUGAGACAGAGGCCAGAGAGGAACCAGCACCCGAGCCGCUGUGGAGUCAGCUCCCUACUGAUGUGCCAGUGCUGCAUGAAGUUGGCGGGGUGCCGUCAAUGCCCAAGCAAUAUUGCCACAGAGCCGUUGCUGAGAUGAUUCUCGCGGCUCGGCUGACCAGAAAGUCACCCGAAGGCACAUAUACAAGGGUUGCCAUCGUUGGUGCUGCAGGACAGGGGAAAACUGCAACUGCCACAGCUGUGGCCCAUUUGCAAGGCGUCCUUGAUUGCUUUCAUGACUGUCUGUUGUGGGCACAUGUGGGUGCACGAGGGAAGCACGAUGCAUGCCGACUUUGCUGGGUGAAGGAGCUGUACAGAAGAGUAGUGGCCUGCCUGGGCAGCCCCGCGGAGCUCUUGCUGGAUGGAGAUGAGUAUGUGAAUGCCACUUCUGAGGACAUUUUUGUGGCUCGCAUGAACAGGCUGAUGGCCGGGCACCAGUGCCUGGUUGUUUUUGAUGACAUCCAGUUUCCUGAGAUUCUGAAUGUGGUUGCAAAGCUCAAUUGCACUGCACUGAUGACCAUGCGGACCAUGUUCUUAGAUGUCCACUUUCCAUCGUGCAAAGUGUUCGAGCUGCAAGCCUUAACGCCUACUGAAUCUCACAGAGUGCUGUUCAAAGUCGUUGGAUCGCAUCAUGCGGAUCAUGACUUCCAUGGGUUAGUGGCAGAGUGCAAGGGUCAUCCUCUGACACUCAUUGCUGCAGCAGCCAACUGGCUGCGAAAAAACCAAAGCAAAGCUGGUUCUCGGCAAGGCCGAAGGGUUGCUCGCAACAUAUCCCUGCCAGUUCAUAGUACCAUACGGGAAGACUGUGCACCUCCAGCUCUAUUUGAGAGUCUGGAUGCAGUCGUUGAUGGCCUAGAUGCAGAACAGAGACGCUGCUAUAUGAUGUUGGCUGUAUUGCCACAAGGGCUGUAUGCACCUGUACCCAUGUUGCAGUAUUUGUGGGGCUUGGGGAGUUUGGAGGCAGUGCAAGAUGUGGUGCACAGUCUGGAGAGCAUGUAUCUGUUGCACUGUGAGCAUGACAGGCACAGUUUUGAGGGAACUGCAUGGAGCUUGCAUGCACUGCAGCUUAACCAUCUGAGGUCGUUGACAGAGUCGGAGGACCUUCGGGAGCUGAUGGACGAUGCCAAGCGGAGGCAGGUGGAAUACCUGUCCCAGCUGCCAACGUUUGCAGCAUUGCUGGAGCUGGUUGGCCGCCGAAAUCUUCUAUCGUUUUGGGGCCAAGCUGCAUCGCCUGAGGCUAUGGCUGCCUCGUUUUUGCAUGUUGUGGAGAGCUGGUGGGAUCCAGUGGGAGAAAAUGGGCAAGCCAAUGAAGGAGAUUGUCCUACGUCGCAACAACAAGCCCAGAAUGGGCAGGAGGAUAUAAAAUCGCCAGCAGCUUCCGCAAUGAUGGACCCUUCCACAGAUGCACCUGUCCUUGUGCUGUUGAGACUUGCUGCGUUCCUGAUGGUGGCAGAGCAGUUUGCAACAGCCCAACAGCUCUUUCUUCGUGCCCUGGUUGCCAUGAAAGACCAGAAGGGAGAAGACCAUGCCAAAAUAGCAAUGGCACUGAACUCGAUGGGGACGAUCUUGGAGAGGAAGAACAAGUUUGAUUCUGCUGAAGAUUUUUAUUCAAGGGCACUGGAUAUGUACAAAGGCCUUGUCGGUGAAGAACACCCAGAGGCAGUUGCACUAAUGUCCUGCAUGGCAAGUGUGAUCAAGGCGCAGGGCAGGUUUCAGGAGGCUGAAGCCCUGCACCGAAAGGCCCUGGACAUCCGCACCCGGAUGGGAGACAGCCAGCUGGAUAUUGCUGAAUCCAUGAACAGUCUGGGCAUGGUUUUGAGUAACCUUGGCAACUAUGAGGAGGCGGUGACCUGCCAUAGAAAGGUCCUUGAGAUCAGGAGGAGGGCUCUUGGCCAAGAUCAUCCAAGCAUGGCUGUCUCAAUGAGCAAUUUGGCAGUUGUGCUGAGUGCACAAGGGAAUCUGAAAGAAGCUGAAACACUGCAUCGAAAGGCCCUUGGAUUAAAGAAGAAGGUGUUGGGGGAGUUCCACCCUGAGACAGCUGUGUCAAUGAACAACCUUGGGGUCCUGCUUGGCGACCAAGGCAACUUUGAUGAGGCUGAAGCGUUGCACAAGAGAGCAUUGGAAAUAUCACAGACAGCUUUUGGCGAAGAUCAUCCUGAUGUGGCAGUCUCCCUCAACAAUCUUGCUCUGGUGAUGAGGAAGGCCCAAAGGAACCUGCAGGAGGUUGAAUCUUUACACAGGAGAGAUUUGGAAAUAUCCAUCAAAGCGUAUGGCGAUGACCACCCGAACGUGGCCCUUUCGCUAAACAACCUUGCGCUGGUGUUGGCUGAUCAGCAAAAAUUCAAAGAGGCAGAAGAGCUCCAUCGCAGAGCCCUGGAAAUCAGGCGACGGGCUUUUGGGGAGAGCCACCCUUUCGUUGCCGUUUCAUUGAGCAACCUGGCUGGAAUUCUUGAGAGCCGAGGCAAGCUGCACGAGGCCGAGAUGCUCCAUCGAAGGGAUCUCGAGAUAUCGCGCAGAGCAUGUGGAGACAGCCACCCGAGUGUGGCUUGCUCCAUGAACAACCUGGCAGGUGUCCUUAGGAGCCAGGGGAAGCUGGCAGAGGCUGAGGAGCUUCACAGGAAGGACCUUGAAAUCUCAACAAAGACGUAUGGGGAUUGUCACCCAAGUGUGGCUGUUUCACUCAACAAUUUGGCUGGCGUGUUGACAGACCAAGGAUGCUACAAAGAGGCAGAAGAGAUGUACCUUCAAGCCCUGGACAUUAAGAGGAAGGUGUAUGGAGAAAAGCACCCGAACUUUGCCAUCACUCUCAACAGCUUGUCGUCAGUGAAGCGGAAGCAGGGGAAGUUAGCAGAGGCAGAGGGCCUGAGCCGACAGUCGCUGCAAAUCAGGGAGAGGGCGUAUGGCGAUGACCACCCGAGUGUACUUGCGGCUCAGAACAACCUGACGCUGGCGCUGUCUGCUCAACAGAACCUGCGAGCCCGAAAAUCGUUCGUGGGCAAAGUCUCACGAUCAUUAACAAAGUGUUUCGGAAUGGAGCCUGAUAGGGUGCCAGCCUCACCAAAGUACAGGAGGAAGGCAACCCCAACUUCACCAGCAAAGCCUGUGGACUGA